UUAGAGCGUCAGCUGCCAGGGCAGUAACAACACAGCUGUUUUCCUAAACACUUGAAAUUUUUAGUUUGUUUUUCUUUAUUGUUGUACGAUUUGAAUAAUGACCACACGCAUCUGCGUUUACAGAGAUUGCCAUAAUUUCUACUCUCGCGUGGAUAAUUCCGCCUGUAGCGAUGUCACCUUGUUUUCCUUCCCCAAGGAUGCCAAGCGUGCCGAGCUGUGGCGUCUGCUCGGCCAAGUACAUCCCAAAAUUGGCGCCAAACAAUUGUAUAUGUGCUCCAAGCAUUUCGACAGUAAAUAUUUAUCCGUGACCAAGCAUCGCACGACGCUCAUUGGCGAAGCGUUGCCCAUUGCCUACGAAAACGCCGAGGAGGUAGAUGAUCCCAAUGAGAGCGCAGAGAUAUCUCUAAGUAACGAAAACCUUUACAUCAAGUCAAACGACAAUGGGAAUAUAGAAAUCUGCAGCUCAAAGAAAGCCACCAAGACCGCACAAAGCUUCUACAUCGAACUGGACGACGAUCAACUCACACUGGACAAUGUGGUGCUAUUGGAGUCAACAGAGCAGCUGAAGCAAAUCAACGUUGUGCCGUCUCCAACACGCAAACGUCCACGGUCCCCCUCCCCAGCGCCUCCCUCGCCCUUGGACGAUUAUGAUCAACAGCUCUUAGAUGCCUCGGAAGUGCAAACAAUAAUAGUUAAGGGCAAACACUAUGUGCAAAUGCCGCGUGAAUAUUAUGUUCAAGAGAAACGUCAGAUGUUGCAACAACUGCAGCAAUACAAAGAGAUACUCAGCAACAUUCGACAACAAUUAAAACCUCUAGACGAUUUAUGA